CCUAACAUCCGGGUGUGCAGAGGAGAGGUCAAUCUUAAGAUAAGAAUGAAACGGUCGUUUUUAUUUUUCAUUUUCUUUUUCUUUUGCUGUCAGUAGUAGCAACCAAAUUUGAUAUAUAUCUUAUCUAUAAUUGGAAUUCAAUGCUUUGAGAAAAGAAGUCUUCUAGGAAAAGUACACGGAUUUCUUCGAAUUAAGGUGAGUGCCACUAAAAGCACUUUUAACGGGUAUCAAAAUCAAACGAGGUAUUUAAGAGUUAUUUUUGUUGAUGUCUUCAUGUAUUAAAAUUAAAAGUGUUGUUUAAGUUAUCAAUGGAGGCAGUUGUUUAAGUUAUCAACGGAGGCAGUUGUUUAAGUUAUUAAUGGAGGCAGUUGUUUAAGUUAUUAAUGGAGGCAGUUGUUUAAGUUAUUAAUGGAGGCAGUUGUUUAAGUUAUCAACGGAGGCAGUUGUUUAAGUUAUCAACGGAGGCAGUUGUUUAAGUUAUCAACGGAGGAAGUUGUUUAAGUUAUCAACGGAGGAAGUUGUUUAAGUUAUCAACGGAGGCAGUUGUUUAAGUUAUCAACGGAGGAAGUUGUUUAAGUUAUCAACGGAGGAAGUUGUUUAAGUUAUCAACGGAGGCAGUUGUUUAAGUUAUUAAUGGAGGCAGUUGUUUAAGUUAUCAACGGAGGCAGUUGUUUAAGUUAUCAACGGAGGCAGUUGCUUAAGUUAUCAACGGAGGAAGUUGUUUAAGUUAUCAAGGAGGCAGUUGUUUAAGUUAUCAACGGAGGAAGUUGUUUAAGUUAUCAACGGAGGCAGUUGUUUAAGUUAUCAACGGAGGCAGUUGUUUAAGUUAUUAAUGGAGGCAGUUGUUUAAGUUAUCAACGGAGGCAGUUGUUUAAGUUAUCAAUGGAGGCAGUUGUUUAAGUUAUCAACGGAGGCAGUUGUUUAAGUUAUCAACGGAGGCAGUUGUUUAAGUUAUCAACGGGGGCAGUUGUUUUCAUUUUUUUUUAAAUCGGUACCAAUAACAGGUACUCAUGACUUUGUAGGUAAAUGAGACUCCAAGAUGCCUACCAAAUUUUAAGUAGUCAAAUUUUAAGUGGCCAAAAGUCGUUAAGGGGACAUAUAUUUGUUUCUUUUUUUUCUGGGUAGAAUAAGCUAUCUAACUAAAAAACGAGGAUCAGUAGAGCUAUACUAUAUCUCUUGAGCGUUAUUUGUGUGAGGAUAAUUAUAACACAUUUACAAAAAAGUAUUAAAAUAUUUCGCUAUUUUAACGUUGUUUUUUUUCUGAUACUCACUUUCAGGUAGUGUACAUUAAAGUAAACAAUUAUUUUUUAAAAAAUUCAUAUUUAAUAUCGAAAAAUUGGGAUAGGGUUGAAAAUUGACAAAACAUGAAUAUAAGUAACACACUUUAUAAGAAUUCUGAUUAGUGAAGCGCCCCCCCCCCCACAAGGCUCGCAACCACAUAUUUUGUCACGCCCCUGAACACUAUUACUAUUCUAAUGACCCACUCACAUUUACACAAUAGAUUUGUUUGAUCAACAAUUUCAGAAAAAAACAGUCGCACUUGGGAUAUUAGUAAUUUUUUUUUUUUUUAAAUCCUAUUUAGUGCAGUUAUCGGGAAAUUUAUUUCGUGUAAUCUGUGGCAUCAUUUUUCCUUCAUCUUCCCCUUGAAAAAUAAAAACAAAACUGAUAGGGGAGGGGGGGUUGGGGGGGGGGGCUGAAAAUUUGAUAGCGUUUGUUUUCAUCGAGUCUAUGUGCCAAGUUUUAGUUAAAUAGGUCGACGGGAAGUGGGUCGAUUAGCCGUCCGAAGAUUUUGAAACCCACCAACAAAAGCGAAGUUAAACUCAAGGAUUUAAAAGAGACUCAAUUUGGUGUUUGAUUGUGGAAUAUUUAAUUUAGGGGUGUGUAGACCGAUAUCUCCCCAUAGAGGAAACAGUUCCAUUUGUUAAAGUGGUCAGCGAAUUCAAAAGAGAUUCUUAUAUUUCAUGACGGUCAAACUUACAUCAAUCAAUUUUUAAUAGGCUUAAAAAGUAGCCGAAUUUCAAAACCUUACCGUCAGCUUUAUAGCUGGUCAAAGUUUACACACGGAAAUUUUAAAGACACUCAUGUAAUGAAUAAACCGUAGCAAUAAUAAUAGUAGUUGCAAAAACUCAGACAAAGAAUUUCAAGCCUGUAAACUACAUGUGACAUGCUAUCAAAACUAAUUUGCACAUCUUUUAUUACCAUUAAAAGCAUCUUGUCUUAUUUUAUAACUAUGCUACAUUAUUAUUUUUGUUAUUAUCAUUAGUCAUUUUAAUGUUAACCCUUUCCUGCUGGUACAUGUCUAACAAUUUUGCCGCCGUUGUUGUUAAGAUAAGAAAUCCCCCACAAUUUAGUUGCCUGCAUUUGUCCGGAGAGGUAACUUCAUAGCGGCAGGUAAGCAUGAUAUACCAACAGUGUUUAGAGAUGAACGAGAGAUAACGUUGAAGGGAAAGAAAAAAAAGAGAAAUAUUCGAUUUCUUUGCCAUUUGGGUUGUUAUUGUUAAAUUUCGUUUUUAAAAUUUACCUAAAGAAAAUAAAAACCCCAAAUAUAUUGACAAACGCAAAUAAAUUAAAAUAAUGUAGGUCAAUAUCAUUUAAAGGUGCACAAUGAAUAAUUCAAUAACCUGCGUUUCGUGAUUUUUGGAAAUAAUCAAAGCAAUUGUGGACGAAAUUAAAAUGUUUUAUUAUUAUUUAAAAUUAUGUUUAAAAUUUCGUUACAUCGCUUAGAAUAAGUUAAAUGGCGUGCUAUGUUUAAAAUUUCUUUGCAUCGCUUAGAAUAAGUUAAAUAUUGUGUUCAAUUAACUCUGAAAGUAUUAAUUUCGUGUAGCCUUUCGUUUUUUUAUUUUGCAACAAAUUUAAAGUAACUAGUAAGUAUUAAUUGUAAAAUUUUAUAGUGUUGUGUAGAGAGAUUCAAUAUAUAAUGUAACUGAGUGUGUAUACGUCUAACUAUUUAUUUCUAAAUAUAUUAUUACAUUUUUUUUCUAAAUAUAUCCCUUAAUUUUGUUUAUCCAUCAAAUAAAAAUGUAUCGUUGAAAAUUAUCAAUACCAUUGAUGUACGGGAGAUCUUACUUUUAAAAGAUUUGAUAACUACAAAUGCAGACAAUCAACGCGCUGCUAAAAUGCGUUGUUACUUGUGGUUUUGAUGUACAUAGCUGAUCAGAUGAAUAAUUUCAUUUUAUUUCUAGUUGGUUUUUCUGCUUUUCAUGUCCAGCGUCCACAUGUUUGUUUAAUCAAUUACAUCAGUUUACAGAUACACUCUUUUUCAAACAUGAAUAUAGUUUACAGAUACUCAGGGGUAACUCAAGAAACAUGGGAGACUACACCUGCCGACUGGUGACCAGUUGGAUCAUGUUCGGUGUCGCCUUCUCUCUCCUGCUUGUCGCUAUACUGCUGCCGGGCUGGUCCAGCAUCGGCGAAGUUUUCAUCUUCGAUGACAGGAAAUAUUCUGGCAGAUAUCAAUUCUUUGACCCAGGCAUAACAUUUAUUCGAAAUAUUUGAUUUGGUCAAUCUUUUCUAACUUAUAUUUUAUCACUUAAUUGUUAAAGGGAUUUUUUUGUUAUAUGGAAAUAGAUCAACUUUCAUUUGAAAAUAGUAAAUUUUGAACUUCUUAAGUGUGAAGAUAAAUCACAAAGAAAAGAAUACCAAUGUGUUCCUUAGUACAAAAUUCAAAUUUUCAAACACCGUUAUAUUAAUUUCAGGUCAAUUUUUUUUUCUUUGUUACUUUUAAAUUUGUUAAUAAAACUCUCAACAGCAAACGGUUAAUAUUUAACUUUUACAGAGGAAGAAGAAAAAAAAAGCACAUAAAUUUAUUGUGUCAGAUAAAGUGGUACACUUAUUUAGCUAAACGAACUGCUUCCAAAUGUAUUAGAUUUAUACUCUUGAAACAGUUAAUGUGUAUUUUUGUUGUUUGUUUAUUAUUUGUAUCUGUGAUUUAAUAAUUAAAAUAAUCUUUCCUUAAAAUUUUAAUCAGUACAUCAAAACGUAUUUUUUUAAAUCAUUUCUCAAAUUUUUCAAUUCUGUAGAUUUCUCCACCGCCAUGAUGGCUUCACUGUGUACCUCCAUUAGCUUGACUGCGCUCUGCUUUCUCUUGUCCUUCAUCAUGAUGUGUGCCGACUGUUGCUGUAAGGUGACACAGUGCAUGAUGGUUAUACCGAAGAUUACAAUGACAAUGGCAACUCUGGCAGGUCAACAAAGUCUUGAUGUGUUUUGUCUGUCGUUCCAUCCCAUCAGUUCCCGUCACAUACCUGUAACAAAGUCUUGAUGUGUUUUGUCUGUCGUUCCAUCCCAUCAGUUCCCGUCACACACCUGUAACAAAGUCUUGAUGUUUUUUGUCUGUCGUUCCAUCCCAUCAGUUCCCGGUCACACACCUGUAACAAAGUCUUGAUGUGUUUUGUCUGUCGUUCCAUCCCAUCAGUUCCCGGUCACACACCUGUAACAAAGUCUUGAUGUUUUUUGUCUGUCGUUCCAUCCCAUCAGUUCCCGUCACACACCUGUAACAAAGUCUUGAUGUGUUUUGUCUGUCGUUCCCUCCCAUCAGUUCCCGUCACACACCAGUUCAUUGCAUCAGAAACUUUCCGGCUUGACGUUUCCCGAAACCUAACCCUGUCCCUAUCCAUAAACCUAUCCUUAACCCUAUCCCUAAACCUUAACCUAUCUCUCAGCAUAUCCCUAUCCAUAAACCUAUCCUUAACCCUAUCCCUAAACCUUAACCUAUCUCUCAGCAUAUCCCUAUCCAUAACCCUAUCCUUAACCCUAUCCUAAACCUUAACCUAUCUCUCAGCAUAUCCCUAUCCAUAACCCUAUCCUUAACCCUAUCCCUAAACCUUAACCUAUCUCUCACCGAUCCCUAUCCAUAAACCUAUCCUUAACCCUAUCCCUAAACCUUAACCUAUCUCUCACCAUAUCCCUACCCAUAACCCUAUCCUUAACCCUAUCCCUAACCCAUUCCCUAAACCUACCCUAACCCUAUCCUAACCAUAACUCUAUUCUUAACGCUAACCCUUAACACAAUCAGCUAAGUAGUUUUCGUAUUUAAACUAAAAUUGUUAAUAAAUUAUAUGGCCACGUUUACAUUUUUGGGGGUCUUUUCUUGUUAUCGUUUAUGGAAACUGGAAUCAGCAUAGAAUAUUUUUCCCAAACAGGUAUCUUGGCUGAAGUUUGUGCCGCCUUGUUUCUUAUCAACAUCUACGCCGUCAAAGAGUUCCAAACACUUUGGACCAUCAAUAUUCUUCCUGGCUACUGCUUCUACAUGACUGCCGCCACCGGAAUCUGGCUGCUGAUCGCGGGCUGUACAAACUUUGGAGCAAGGCAUGCGACCCGAGUCGGGGUUGACAACCAGCAGACAGUGACCGGGAUAAGUGUGGUCGGGCAGCAGAGUCAGGCGGCGGGGAUGAACAGCCUGUACGGGCAAACCCAGGGGUUGCAUAUGAGCGGCUACUUCCCUCCGUCCACGGCAAUGGGAGACCAGAUACAAGGGUACCCCCGUCCACCAACCUCCAUGGGGUAUUUCCCCCCGCAAACCGCCUUUUACGGACCCCGACUUGUUUUGUCUAACACGUCCACCCAAACGUCCCUCGUUGACAUCAAGAAAGCUGCAGAGACUGUCAAGAAAUAGUUUUAGAACCACUGAAAUGCAUUCUAUUGUCUCAUAUCUUUAACCUAGUUUUUAUAAUAUUUUUUUCUGUUUAGAAAAAUUUAUUACCAGUACAUAAUUUACUUUUCGAUUCAAUUUUUUUUUAACUUUGUUAGUGAUGAAGCUACUUAGUCGAUCGUCAUUGGAAAAUUGGCGUUGUAGCAGAUUCACACUUAGAGUUUUUACAUAAAUCAACAUUUGUGUCUAGAUCCAUCAAUUACGAGUUUACUGUUAUAACAUACACAAUCUACGCAUAUUUCUGUGACUGUACUUUUCUUUAAUCCGUCCGCUCAUUUAAUUUGUAUGAUGACAAUUUUACACCCAAAAAUGUUCUUGGUUUACUACUUGGGAGGGGACAAGUGGACCAUUUAAUUGUUGUUGUUUUUUUCUGUAAAUAGUAUUUUUUUAUGUGAUAGCUCCUUAUUUUAUAUGAGAUAUUCUCCUAAUGAUAUUUUAAUUAUACGGUACAGAUUUUAAAUUCUCAGAGCUUCUCUGAACAUAUUUAAAUAGUUCUUACCUGACAAUAUUUUGUACCGGUCUUCAUCUUGUACUCGACUCAAUAAAACUGCAGUAAGUA